AUGAUAGCAGUCACACUGUUACAGAAGGUACAAAACUUGAUUUCAAACCAGCCCCCAAGAAUUGCCCUUCGUAUUGCACAACCAAGCAAGGAACAACUGGAUCUCUUGGGAUGCUUGCCAGAGACCUUGAUUGGUUUGACCGCUUACCUACCGUUCAUAAGCAUGCAUCGAGAUCUGCUCGCCGCACAGAUUUAUGGCAACGCAAUGACCUCGAAAAUCGGAUCCAUCCCCACGCGUACCGUUCCCCCUCUCGUUGCCAUGUUCCCCAAUGUCGCGGAUUCGCCUUUGCUCAUUGAAGCGCUGAGAGUUUCCUGGAACGAUCGUGUCAGCGAAUUGGCAACAGAAACCAAGAAGGAUUACGAGGAAUUGAAGCGGGUUUACGAAAACCACUUCAACACUUCCAUCUACCCCCUGGCUUGCCUAAGUGAUCGAAUACCCACGGGAUUUAUCAGCUCGCAGCUAUUUCAAAGGGAAAGACCCCGGAUUCUUGCGCUACUCAAAUCCGCACAGUCUGACCCCGUAGCGUUCUUCGCAUCUCCGGAAUACAGCUUUCAUCCAUACACAUUGCAAGAAUGCACCUUUCCGGUGAAGUUGAAUGCAUGAGAAGAAAAAUAUCAGGCUACGCUCUCGUAGACUCCUUACCUUUUGCUGUGGAAACUCCUAUGAACAGUACUUUUCAAUAAUGAA